UUUUAUCUAAUUAAAACCAAAAGCCCGUGAAGAGGAUUUAAUAGAGACUUUGGUAUCCGCUGGGUAGGAAUGAGUUAGAGAGAGAGAGAGUCAGGUAGACUUUCCAAUUGUUUAGAGAGAGAAUAAGAAAGAAGAUCUAUGGUAUUUAUUGUGCACGGAUGUUGGGGAUUUGAGUUCAUCAUUCCAAAAGAUUCACAUAUAAAAGGUAACCUGUGAAGCCUUGCUCUGGUCCAGUAAAUGUCUUUCCGCAGUAUCGCUCGUGAUAUUAGGGAUAGUAUUGGAAGCUUAUCUAGGCGGAGUUUUGAGGUCAGGCUGUCUGGUCAUAACAGAGGGAAGUCUCAGAGUGCUGUCCAUGAGUUGCAUGACCAGCCUAUAGUCAUUCAAAGCAGUUGUUGGGCAAGCCUCCCACCAGAGUUACUUCGUGAUGUAAUUAAAAGACUGGAGGCCAGUGAGAGUACGUGGCCUGCUCGUAAACAUGUUGUUGCAUGUGCAGCUGUUUGCCGUUCAUGGAGGGAAAUGUGCAAAGAAAUUGUUCAGCGUCCAGAGUUGUGUGGAAAGUUGACCUUUCCCGUCUCUCUUAAGCAGCCUGGGUUUCGAGAUGGAACCAUCCAGUGCUUUAUCCGAAGAGACAAAGCUAAUACAACUUACCAACUUUUCCUUUGCCUUAGCCCCGCCUUGCUUGUAGAAAAUGGCAAGUUUCUUCUUUCUGCAAAGCGUAAUCGGAGAACCACUUGUACGGAGUACGUCAUCUCUAUGAAUGCAGAUAACAUAUCAAGGUCAAGCUGCUCUUAUAUUGGAAAACUGAGGUCAAAUUUUCUGGGCACGAAGUUCAUAAUUUAUGAUACCCAGCCACCGUACAACAGUUCUAGUAUACCCCCACCUGGUGGAAGCCGGAGAUUCAACUCCAAGAAAGUUUCUCCCAAAGUCCCUACAGGAAGCUACAAAAUUGCACAUGUUACUUAUGAACUGAAUGUGCUCGGCACCAGGGGGCCACGUAGGAUGAAUUGUGUCAUGCACUCAGUCCCUGCCUCGGCCCUUGAACCGGGGGGCAGUGUCCCAUGCCAACCUGAACUUCUCCCUCCCAAUCUUGAAGACUCAUUUCGGAGCAUGUCCUUUUCAAAAUCCAUUGAUACUUCAACAGAAUUCGGCAGCGCUCGGUUUUCGGAUAUUGGGGGUCCAAGUGAAGAAGCUGAAGAAGGGAAGGCUAGACCUUUGGUUCUCCGGAACAAGCCGCCUAGAUGGCAUGAGCAGCUGCAGUGUUGGUGUCUGAAUUUCAGAGGGAGGGUAACCGUCGCUUCUGUCAAGAAUUUCCAGCUGAUUGCUGCUACACAGCGUGCAGCCGGUGCCCCAACACCAGCACAACCGGCUCAGUCAUCAUCAGAUCAUGACAAGAUUAUCUUGCAGUUUGGUAAGGUCGGCAAAGAUAUGUUUACAAUGGAUUACCGGUAUCCCUUGUCUGCAUUUCAGGCUUUUGCCAUCUGUUUGAGCAGCUUUGACACAAAGUUGGCAUGUGAAUAGUAGAAGAUUUUAGUUGAUACUAGUAGUUUUCUCUUCCCUAGAGUUGCCUAAAGAUUGAGUCCGUUGCACAGUCAGUAUGUGACUCUUCAUUAUAACCAAGGAGAUGCAGGGAGCUGUUGCAGCACAUUGGACAGUUAUUAUUUUCUGUCUUUUCUUUUUCUUUUUCCUCUUCUUGCCUCACCGUUGCCCUUCUUCGGUUUAUCCUUCAAUCAUAGAGUUUAAGAUGCUUCUGUUGUAAUUUGUUGCAAAAGUGUUGAAUGUACUUGGUGAAAAGAACAAUAUAGACUUUGUACCAUGUUUGAUUUCCAGUUGUAACAGCCUUUUGUACGAUCAGGGUCAGCCCACCUUCUAGUGUGUUUUAUCAGUUUGGAUUAUGCUGGCGAUGAUGUUUGAUGUUAUUACAACAUCUUUGUGGAGGCCAUGUUAGUUGAAAUUUGAUAUCUGCUUUUUGUAAAUGAGACUCGGGUCAGUCAAUAUUUUAAUUUGGCUUUUUCCUUUCAAA